GAAAACAAAAACAGAAAAAGGAAGAGUUAGAAUUUGCUCCCUCUCUCUCAAACCGGCCGCCGCUCUCAGUUCCUCUCUCACCCGCCAGCCGCCGCUCUCAAUCCCUCUCUCACUGCUCUCGAUCUCUCUCACUCACCUCGCCGUAACGCCGUUCACUCACCUCGCUGUAACGCCGUAACGCCGUUCAAUCUUUCGCUCUCAGUUUCAGAAAUUUGGUUGAUAAAAUUCCCUCCAAAAUUUUGCCUAGGCUCUCUAAUAUUACUGGAAUCGCCACUGGUCAUGCGUGACGCAUACAAUUGGUGACGGAGGGAGUACUUAAAUUUGUUGAGUUUGAGACCUAAGCAGUUUUUGAACGUGUUGGAAGAAUUUGACGAUGGGUAACAACUCAAGCCUUUUCAUCUUCUUCUCCACCGUUCUUUUCAUCGCAUUUGUACUACAAAAACAACACCAGCUCUCUUCUUCUCUGGACCAACUCUCUUCCUCUCUUGACCAACUCAACUCAAAAGUUUUACUUUUAGAAUCUAUCAUUAAAAAAAGUGACCAUCAAUUGCGAAGUAAGGAGGAAGAUAUUGCACUGAUAAAGAAGAUGAUUUUAGAGAAAGAAGAAGUCAAGACUGUGCAACAGAAUAUCGUGUAUAAGAUUGACCUUGAUCAAGCAUUGAGUUUUGGUAGAGGAGCUUUGAUAAAGUAUAAAAACUCUUUCAAGGAUAAUGCAAUUCAAGGUCUCACGCGCGUACGUAAUUGGUUGGGCGACUCUGCAGAAAAUGAUAAAAAUGAAGAUAAGCAGGAAGUCAUCAUUCAAGAAAAUCUAAAGCUUCCUCAAGAAGAAGGAACUUGCCAGUAGCCAUUGAUUAUAUGGAUUUUGCAUAUCCAUGAAUGUUGUUAGGAAUUCGUCACCAUGAACCUUUAUAAUUUACUAAUGUACCGUAAUUGUGAAAAUUAGUAUGUUGUUGCUUUCGGACUUGUGAAGUGAAUCAUAUCAUAUUAAUUCAAAUUCAGACCUUUAUUUCUACUA